UCAGAAACUGGAAGCUGAACGAGUACACAAACGUCGAACUAAACAGAGAAGAGGUGGUGAUCAAGAUUCUGGAUUUGAUUUUGACACCUCACGUGGUAGCACCGUCCAAUUGGAACGAAGAUUUAGCUUUACUAGAAAGAGGGUUUGGCAAAUUCGACUUUGUGUUAACGAGUGACUUCAGCGACGAAGAACUCGCAACUAUUGUUUCCGCUCCAGAUUUCGAAUCGGAGGAAGAGGUGAUACGUUUGGCGAAAGAUUUGAAGUUUUUGACGAAAAACGACAACCAGUUUUCGAACUCUAAACACGAAAUGGAGGUGAAGCACAAGAUUGGUUAUUACCGAAAAGGGAAACCAAUUGUCGUUAAAGUGCACGAGGGGAAUGUAGACACGAUUUUUGCAACGGUUUCAAAGUUUAAGAGGACUGGAGAUUGUUUACAUUUUAUUUUUGCUGGGAACAGUCAAGUCGUGAAAGAACAAUUAUCCGGGUUUACGGUGUUUGAAAGCUUGUCCGACCUGGUGAAGCUAGACAAGGACAUCUAUGAAGAAAUGGUCAAGGCAAUGAAGAUUUUUCUAUUUGGAGAGAAAUAUUUUUAUUGUGAUUUUUUUGACAAAGAAGAAAUCGCAACGCAGAUAACGAUAAAGGACAUUUUUCGGAUGUUGUCAAGUACUUUCAUCUUGACCAUAAACAAAGAAGUUUUAUCGGAACCUUACAUACCAAGAUUUUUGUCGAAAACACUCAUCAAAGUUGAGUCUGUUGACAUAAUUUCGAACGAUUUUCUUAUUUUCAGUACUAACGACCACUGGCAAGUUAAUAAAUUAUUGGAAAAACGCAUAUCUAAACCUUUUGUGUUAACGAGGGAAUAUCUUGAGGACACACCAUCAACUCCCUGCGUUGUUAGCCAUUUUAACGUGUCUUUUGACGAUUUUGAAAAAAUAGUACAGAUGAAUCCAUCAACCAAUGUCCACUUUUUUGAAGCACACGACGAAGAAUAUUUUGAGUGGGUAGCGUCAAGUGGUAGCGUUAAACCAGUGAAAAGUUGUAUAUUUUUCAAAGAAACAUACAUCGACGAGUCCACAACUUUGCAGCUAUCUCAAAAUCGGAUUAACGUCAUCGUCGCUCCUGCUGGACGGGGAAAGUCCGAAAUUUUGAAGAAGUUGAAAAAUUCCUGUUCAUCGAAUUUUUUCCCAGUUCUAGCCAAUUUAAAAGAACACAGCGACUUCUUCAAAAAUGUACACAAAGACGACGAAACACUGGAACAUUUUCUGUUUGACGCAAACGACGAUUUGUUUUGGUCGGAGAUUAAGAAAAAUUUCGCCAAGAGAAAAAAAAUCAUGUUCUUUAUGGACGGGUUGGAUGAACUACAAGACGGAAACAUCGACGCUGCUUUGGAUCACGUAAAGCGAUUAUCCGAAAUGGGUUUUACUCUUUGGUUGACUUCUAGACCUUACCUGGAAGAGCUCAUCGAGAACAAACUGAAUGUUCUUUGUAGGAACAUUCAAGAGUUCAGUGAUAAAAAUCAAGAGGACUAUAUUAAGGAGCGGUUGAAGCAAAGUCCAAAUGUUGACGAGUUAGUGAGUGGGAUUUUUAAGAAUAUUGACACUAUUGUGGAAAAUAGAGUCGUUUUGGACGUUCCGUUGCAACUUUUCAUGAUCACGGAAAUUCUGAAGGAGUCGCCGGAUAUAAGUGACAAUAUUUUUGUCUUGACGAAGAUGUUUCGGAAUUUUUGUAUCGGAAGAUAUCGGCACUUUUUGAGAAAAAACGACUGCGAACACUGGAAACCGCUAACAAAAAUUCUUAGUGACAGUCUCAGGUACCGUUUCAAACAGUAUCAGAUUGCCGCCCUCAAAUCCUAUUUUACGAGACAAGAAUUCCAGGUUUUUAAUACCGAUUUGGAUAACUCGUUUUUUGAAGAAAUAGAAACAGAAGGCGACUUUCUAGGAAUCAUUUUGAAGAUUAACCCUGAUGCGGUGGUUUUUCAUCAUAGCACGACUGCCACGUAUUUCGUGGCGUUAUAUCUUGCCGAGAACUAUUCCAAAUAUAGGAAAUUUCUACAAGCUGCCCUUUUUAAAAAGGGACAAACACCCUUACGACUUUUGUUUGAUUUGAUUCUUGCUGAAAAUUCUCCAGCACACGUAGCCGUUUUAUACAAAAACGUAGAAGCGCUGAAGAAGCACAAAAACAACAUCCACUGUGUUGAUAAAGGAGGUCGUUCUGCUUUACACCUUGCUUGCUCCUACAGUCUCUUUAUUGCCAUGGUUGAAGGCAACUUCAAAAACAAACAAAACUUAAACAAACUUAGAAAAGACGAUGACGAAUCCCGGAAAAUAAUAGAAUUCUUACUAGACCACCAAGUCGAUCUACUGUCAAAAGACUCCGUCUACCAAUGGAACAGUUUAAAUUUCGCAACAGCCACAUAUUCCUUUUUUCUUUUCGACGUAAUUUUGGAACGCAACGACCCAAGAUUCGGCAUGAAAGACAAAAUACUCAACUUAGAUGUAAUGAAAAAAAAACCUCUCCAUGUUCUAAAGUACUGUGCUUUCUCUUCCUGGCGCCACCUUUUCAAAGACCGCUUUGAAAUUACGAAACCCAAGCUCAAUGAUACGAUGCAAAUUCUUUUCUUUGCUGCUUUUGUCAACAACUGGGCAAUUGUUAACAUCUUGAUGGACUACAAAGUUAAUAUUCAAACUAACACAAAAUGUAGAAGGGCGAUUUUGCAUUUAGCUUGUGCCAUGGGUCGUUUGGAACUCGUGAUGUUCUUUCUGUCGAAAGGAACUGAUGUUAAUGCUGCCAAUAAGUAUGGUCGGACACCUUUGUAUGUUGCUGUGGAAAAUGGUCACGAAGAGGUGGUUAAGUACUUAGUGGAUGAAGCUCACGCCAAUGUUAACAAGAAAGCUUGGGAUGGAUUGGGUCCUCUUGAGUUAGCUAUCAAACAAGGAAAUGUCAACAUGGUUCGCUUAUUCCUAGAAAAAAAUGUCGAUGUUGAUAGUACGGACGGAUAUGGAAUGAAACCGCUACAUUUGGCCGCCAAACAGUCAAACCUUGAAAUCCUAGUCAUGGUAUUGGAGAGAUCUAAAAGUGUAGAUGUUCGGACUAGUAACAGCCGCACAAGUUUACACUUCACUGUAGAAAAUGGCAACCUUGCUUUUUGUGAGUACUUAUUAGAGAAGAAGGCUCGGGUAAAUGUAUCCGAUGAAACCGGAAAAAGUUGUUUGUUUUUGGCUAUUAUUUUCGGACAUUGGGAAAUUUUUGAGUUGCUGUUGAAGCAUAACGCGAACGUUGACGCCUUCGACAAUGAGGGAACUAAUUGUGUGCACUGGGCGGCAGAACAUGGACGUUUGAAAAUGCUCGAGGUACUAGCGAACAAAAGUAAAAGAGCAAUUAUUGACGAAAAGUGCAUGAAUGGAAGUACCCCUUUACACUGGGCUGCACACAAGGGACACAAUGCUGUCGUCGAUUUUCUCGUAGAAAAGGGAGCCGAUGUUGAUGAAGACGACGACUACUCAAGGACUCCUCUGUGCUGGGCGGCUUCGGAUGGUCAUGUCAGUACCGUGGAACUACUACUGGAAAAGGGCGCCACUCCCAGGACCAUCAGCGGGAUGUCAGCGUUAGACUUUGCCAAGUUCAAGUGUAAAAUGAACCAAGAUUAAACGAAAUCUUACUAUUAA